AUGGCGCCGCCGAGCUCGUGGUGGGGCAGCGAGGAGCAGCGCGGCACGCCGGUGGUGGUGAAGAUGGACAACCCCUACUCCCUGGUGGAGAUCGACGGGCCCGGCAUGCCGCCCUCCGACAAGGCCCGGGGCAAGAACGCGAAGCAGUUCACGUGGGUGCUGCUCCUGCGCGCGCACCGCGCCGUGGGGUGCGUGGCCUGGCUGGCCGGUGGCUUCUGGGGCGUCCUGGGAGCCGUGAACCGCCGCGUGCGACGCAGCCGCGACGCGGACGACGAGCCGGACGCCGAGGCCUCGGGCCGCGGCCGCGUCAUGCUGCGGUUCCUGCGCGCGUUCCUGCUGCUCUCCCUGGCCAUGCUGGCCUUCGAGACCGUGGCGCACCUCAAGGGGUGGCAGUUCCCGCAGCACCUGCCGGGGAACCUGCAGGAGCUGGAGGAGCAGCUGCAGCACCUCCCCGAGCACCUGCGGCACCUCCCCGACCACCUCCGCGUGCCGGAGCGGCAGGAGAUCCAGGGGUGGCUGCACCGGGCGUACGUGGCCUGGCUGGAGUUCCGCGUCGACUACAUCGCCUGGGCCAUCCAGAAGCUGUCCAGCUUCUGCAUCCUGCUCUUCAUGGUGCAGUCCGUGGACCGCAUCGUGCAGUGCCUCGCGUGCUUCUGGAUCAAGAUCCGCGGCAUCAAGCCUCGUAUCCCGGCAGCGUCCGGCGGCAUCAAGCCUCGUGGAACUGCAAGGAAGAGCGCGGAUGUCGAGAACAACGGUGACGCCGACGACGACGCCGACGGCUACUUCCCCAUGGUGCUCAUCCAGAUGCCCAUGUGCAACGAGAAAGAGGUGUACGAGACGUCCAUCUCGCACGUGUGCGAGUUGGACUGGCCGCGGGACCGGCUGCUGAUCCAGGUGCUGGACGACUCGGACGACGAGGUGUGCCAGAUGCUGAUCAAGGCGGAGGUGACCAAGUGGAGCCAGCGCGGCGUCAACGUCAUCUACCGCCACCGCCUGUCGCGCACCGGCUACAAGGCCGGCAACCUCAAGUCCGCCAUGGCAUGCGACUACGUCAAGGACUACGAGUUCGUCGCCAUCUUCGACGCCGACUUCCAGCCCAACCCGGACUUCCUCAAGCUCACCGUGCCACACUUCAAGGAGGACCCGGAGCUUGGUCUGGUCCAGGCUCGUUGGAGCUUCGUGAACAAGGACGAGAACCUGCUGACCCGGCUGCAGAACAUCAACCUGUGCUUCCACUUCGAGGUCGAGCAGCAGGUCAAUGGCGUCUACCUCAACUUCUUCGGCUUCAACGGCACGGCCGGCGUGUGGCGCAUCAAGGCGCUCGAGGACUCGGGCGGCUGGAUGGAGCGCACCACCGUCGAGGACAUGGACAUCGCCGUCCGCGCGCACCUCAACGGCUGGAAGUUCAUCUUCCUCAACGACGUCAAGGUCCUCUGCGAGCUGCCGGAGUCUUACCAGGCUUACAGGAAGCAGCAGCACAGGUGGCACUCCGGCCCCAUGCAGCUCUUCCGCCUCUGCAUCCCGGCCAUCUUCAGGUCCAAGAUCCCGUUCUGGAAAAAGGCGAACCUGGUGAUGCUCUUCUUCCUGCUGCGCAAGCUGGUGCUGCCCUUCUACUCCUUCACGCUCUUCUGCGUGAUCCUGCCGCUCACCAUGUUCGUGCCGGAGGCGGAGCUGCCCAUCUGGGUCAUCUGCUACAUCCCGGUGCUCAUGUCGCUCCUCAACAUCAUGCCGGCGCCCAAGUCGUUCCCGUUCAUCAUCCCCUACCUCCUCUUCGAGAACACCAUGUCCGUCACCAAGUUCAACGCCAUGGUGUCCGGCCUCUUCCAACUGGGGAGCUCCUACGAGUGGAUCGUCACCAAGAAGGCGGGCCGCACCUCGUCCGCCUCCGACAUCCUCGCGCUCGCCGAGGCCGACGCCCACACGCCGCCGCCGGCCAAGCUCGUGCGCGGCGUCUCCGAGGGCGGCCUCCAGGAGUGGGGCAGGCUCAGGGAGCAGGAGGCCGCCGAGUGGGCCAACAAGGAGGACGCAGCCGCAGCUCUGGCUGCCGCCGACGCCGCCGCGCCGGCCACUCCCAAGAAGAGCAGCAAGGCCAAGAAGCCCAACCGAAUCUUCAAGAAGGAGCUCGCGCUCGCGUGCCUCCUCCUCACGGCCGCCACGCGCAGCCUGCUCUCCAAGCAGGGGCUGCACUUCUACUUCCUGCUCUUCCAGGGCGUCACCUUCCUCGCCGUCGGCCUCGACCUCAUCGGCGAGCAGGUCAGCUAA